GAUGGCGUCGCUACCGACUGAGGGCAGUUGCGUGAGCGCAGCGGGAAGGCGGCGGAGGCGCUGGUGAAAUGAAAGGCAAAAGCCGGCAGGCCACGCUCUUCCAAGCAUGGGGAGCGCAGCCUACUCCUGUGCCGGCGGUGGAAGAGGAGGAGGAGGAGGAGGAGGAAGAGGCGGCGCUGCUGGCGGCGGCCACGGAGGCCGAGGCAGCGGAGUCGGCGUCCUGGCUCUCUCCGCCAGGCGGUUCCGGUGCCCGGGGAUUUAUUGGCGGCGCGCCGGGCGCUCUGUGGAUAUUCCCGUCUGGCGGGCGCGUCGAAGAGCGCGCCUACCAGGUUCGAGCGGCACGGGAGGCGCUCCUCGCCAACACGCUGCUCUGCCUGCCGACCGGGCUGGGCAAAACCCUGGUGGCCGCCGUGGUCAUGUACAAUUUCUACCGGUGGUUCCCCGGCGGCAAGAUCCUCUUCCUGGCCCCGACCAAGCCGUUAGUGGCUCAGCAACGGGAGGCGUGCGCCCGCCUCCUAGGCAUCCCCGCCGCGCACAUGGCCGAGAUGACGGGAGGUACCCAAAUUUUUGAUCGGAAAGAAAUCUGGCGCACCAAAAGAGUCUUCUUUCUUACUCCUCAAAUAAUGGCAAAUGAUCUUUCUCGUGGAACAUGUCCAGCAGCAGAAAUUAAAUGCCUGGUUAUUGAUGAAGCCCACAAAGCUCUUGGAAAUCAUGCAUAUUGUCAGGUUGUGAAAGAAUUAUGCAAGUAUACUAAAGAGUUUCGAGUCUUGGCUCUGAGUGCAACUCCUGGCAGUGAUGCAAAGGCUGUGCAGCAAGUUAUUACCAACCUGUUAAUUUCACACAUAGAACUUUGCUCUGAAGAUUCUCCUGAUAUUCAGCCUUAUUCUUAUGAGCGACGGGUUGAAAAAUGUGUUGUUCCACUUGGGAAAGAAUUGGCUGAAAUUCAGAAUGCUUACAUACGGGUCUUGGAAAUUUUUACCAGUCGGCUAACUAGACUCCGGAUCUUAUCACAGCGUGAAAUAUCUGCUCUUACAAAGUAUCAGAUAAUUCUAGCACGAGAUCAGUUUAGGAAAAAUCCUGCUUCACAUUUUGCGGGAAUCCAACAAGGUGUAAUAGAAGGAGAUUUUGCUCUUUGUAUUAGUUUGUAUCAUGGUUACGAACUAUUACUACAAAUGGGAAUGAGAUCAUUGCAUAUCUUCUUACGUGGAAUUAUGGAUGGAUCAAAAGGUAUGACUCGAGCCAAAAAUGAACUUGGGCGUACUGAGGAAUUCAUGGUACUGUACAACCAGCUUGAAAACAUGUUUUCUGACCCAACUGUGACUUCAUCAAAUGGCAACAUCUCUGAACUAGGAGCUGAAAACAUAAAGACUUUCAUUUAUAGCCAUCCAAAGUUAAAGAAGUUAGAAGAUGUUGUUGUAGAACAUUUCAGAUCCUGGAGAGAACAUGAAGAUCAGACUACAUCUGAAGUCAAACCAGCAGAUACCAGAGUGAUGAUCUUCUCCUCCUUCCGUGACAGUGUUCAGGAAAUUGCAGAGAUGCUUAGCUAUCACUACCCAGUUGUGAGAGUCAUGACUUUUGUAGGCCAUUCUACAGGCAAAAGCACAAAGGGUUUUACACAGAAGGAACAGCUUGAGGUAGUGAAGCGUUUCCGGGAGGGCGGCUACAACACCUUGGUCUCCACGUGCGUAGGAGAAGAAGGCUUGGAUAUUGGAGAAGUGGACCUCAUCAUUUGCUUUGAUGCUCAAAAAAGUCCGAUUCGUCUCGUGCAACGAAUGGGCCGAACUGGACGCAAACGGCAAGGGCGCAUUGUUGUCAUCCUUUCUGAAGGAAGGGAAGAGCGAACUUACAAUCAAAGCCAAUCCAACAGAAAAAAUAUUCUGAAAACUCUUUCUAAAAAUAAAGGCCUCCAUUUGUACCAGCACAGCCCACGUAUGAUUCCAGAAGGCCUAAACCCCAAAAUGCACCGGAUGUUGAUUACACCUGCAGAGAGGGAGCCAGACAUCUCCACAUCCAGCUCAAAAGAGAAGAGAGGCCUUGCUUUGGGGCAGAAAUGUUUUCUUACUUCUGCCAGUGCAGGUAAGAAGAGAGGAUAUCCAGUGAGUUUGAGUUCACACACACACACAUACACACACACACACAAACUCUCUCACACACAAGGUACGGGAAGGUUGCCCAGUGUAACUGACUGGCAGAUUUAUGAUCCACAAGACCUAGAAUUCUUUCAUAUUUGGCAUAAUUAACAAGAUUCAUUGCCAAAAAUGCUUUGAUGGCUAUUUGUUUAGAUAAUUUUGCAAGGGUUUUGGCAAAUUCCUGGAGAAUGACAGGUCAUAAAUAUUAGCCAUAGAUAUUAAAUAAAAUAGUAUACCUCUUUAAGCUAGACAAGAGUGGUAUGAUGCUGUUGAACUAGAAGGGUGGUUGAGAUGAAUACCUUGGAGUGUUAAGUUUUACUUAUUUCUUAUGACAGUUACUUAAAACAUAAGUCCCAUUUUUGUGAAAUGUCUCUUUAACAUUUUUGCAUGC